AUGAAGCUCAGCAUUGUUGCCCUAAUCCUGGCCGGUGGCGCUCUCGCUGCUCCUUCGAAGAAGAAUAAGAAGCUGAACAUCAGGAAAACCGACGACUUGCUCUUCAGGACGAGCCUCCCGGAUUUCAUUGAGAAGCGCAAUAACAUGGACCCUUCUACUCUAAACUGGGACAGUGACGGUUGCACAUCCGUGCCGGACAAGCCUCUGACCUUUGAUUUUUUGCCCGCCUGCUUUCGCCACGACUUUGCCUUCGUAAACUAUAAGGCCCAGGAUCGCUUCGACGAUCUUGCACGUCUCAAGAUCGACGAGCUGUUCAAAGAAGACCUCUACCACCAGUGUGAGAAGGAGAAAAAAGCCAAGAGGCAGCUUUGCCGUACCUAUGCCAACGGGUAUCAUCUCGGCGCGAGACUUUUGGGUGACCUCAACUCCAAGCUUGCACCGAAGACGCGCGAUAUAUCACCAGAGUCCGUCGUCUCGCCCGAAAUGAUUAAGCAGGCUUGGGAGGAUGCGAAACCCGCGCUGGACAAGGUUGAGAUCUCCCGGGAGACUUACGAGAAUUUGAAGAAGCAUCUGCAGGGCCCCGUCAAGAAGUUCUUUACCGACGUCGAGGCCCAGAUUGGUAAGGAAAGGCCCACCUUCCAGGAGGUGAAGAACAAGAUCGAUCAGCUGGUGACGGUGAUGGGAUCUAAGUCGCCCCCGCCCAAGGCCGAAGCCAAGCCCAAGGCCGAAGCCGAGCCCCAGACAGAAGACAAGCCCCAGAAAGAGCCCAAGACAGAGCCAAAGACAGAGUUCAAGCCCAAGCCCAAGAGAAGGCCCAACAACCCGGCGGAUGUACUCCCCAAGACAGUAUAG